AUGGUCAUUGUUGUCCUAAUCGUUAAGUUAAAUGGUUGCAAUUUACGCAAAACUUACUGCACGAUUAUAAACAAUAUACCCAUUGUUUCCUAUGAGGAAGUAAAAAAGUUGAAAAAUCAACCUAAAAUACUUUUAAUUGAUGUCAGAGAGCCCAAUGAAUUGCUAGAAACUGGCCAGAUACCUACUAGUAUUAAUAUACCUUUGGGACAAGUAGCUGAAGAAUUAUCAGCUAAUAUGGAUAAAGGAGCCUUUAAAGCAAAAUAUGGUAGAGAUAAGCCGGAUAAGAAUACUGAAAUAAUAUUCCAUUGUAAAAUUGGUAAAAGAUCACAAAAUGCUGCAGAAUUGGCUCGGAGUUUAGGUUAUAAAAAUACCAAAAACUAUUUGGGUUCCUGGACAGAAUGGGCUGAGAAGGAAGGUUUGUCUAAGUAAAAGUUAGGUGGAAAAUUAAUGACUAUAUUUCUGAAUUAAUUUUAAUAAAUUUUGUUAUGAUUUUCUUUAAAACAAA